UAAGGCUGCGAAGAAGGAUUGAACGAUGAAAUCUUCCGACCUUCUUUGAGAAGGAACAGACGGCACCACCACUCAAAGAUCCUUUCGUUUUCCGGUGCUGUUUGCACUCUCCUUUCCGUCAGUUUGUGUCGACCAUCCAUACAAUUUUCACAGCCUAGUAAUAAGCAAGCAACCAUGGCAUCUCUGGUGGCAAGAUCAUUCGCACGACGUCCCCUGGCAGCAGCAGCAGCCACACGGCUUGGUGUCAGUAGUCGACAAUUCGCGGCCUUUUCUCGCACCAUCCCUAUUUUUAACGAGGAUGAGUUGCCCUAUCACAUUGUGGUGGGAAUGCCGGCACUGAGUCCGACAAUGGAAGCGGGAUCGUUGGCGGAAUGGUAUGUCAAGGAAGGUGACUCGUUCAUUGCCGGAGAUUCCUUGGCCAAGAUUGAAACCGACAAGGCCAGCAUCGAUUUCGAGGCCCAAGAUGACGGAUACGUCGCCAAGCUCUUGGCCGAAGCCGGAGGAUCCGACGAAAUUACCGUUGGAGUGCCCAUUAUGGUUACGGUGGAGGAAGAAGAAGAUAUCACCGCCUUUGCCGACUACAAGGCACCGGCUGCUGCUCCUGCUCCGGCUGCUCCUGCCAAAGAAGAAGCAGUUGCCCCCCCUCCACCACCACCCGCUCCCAAGGUGGAGGCAGCCGUCGCUCCUGCCGCUGCCACGCCACCACCCCCCGCUCCAGCUGCAACACCACCACCACCCGCUCCAGCAGCAGAUGCUCCUGCCAGUGUGGCCGCCAUUGCCAAGGGAUGGGGACAAUUGGCCAAGGAUUCGCCUCUGGCCAAGACAUUGAGCAAACAACAAACCCAGUACAUUGAGAGUUACGGAACUACAGGACAGGUUCCAUUGUAGAGAAACAACAAACAAUUUUUCACGGUGUAGGAGGAUGAGAUGAUGUUAAUACGUUCAUGUGAUGAUGAUUCUAAAAGGAUAAUUAUGAAUGAGGAUACCCCGUUGUCAAUCAACACUCAAUCCUAAACUCGUCGGUUUUUAUACUUUCACUAGUUUCGUGGCAUCUCGCAAUGCAUAUUCUGGCUCUUUCUUAUCUUAUUGGAUGACAUAGUACGCUACGCU